AUGUGGCAUGAAUGGACGCCUGGUGUGGAGAGUGUCCAAGACCUCGUUCUGCAAAACGUGGCCCUGGUGACGCAAAAGGUAAAGUUCAAGUUGCCGCCUACGAAAGAGUUUGACAUGCCAUACCCAGAGCCUUUCAAGCUCGCGCCCGGAAUGAAGAAGGUCAUCCCAAUUAGCUUUCGGCCUUCAAAGUAUGUUCCGCACGUGGACAGAGUACAGAUAGUCACAAAGGGAGGAAGCUUUUUCGUCAUUGUCAAGGCAGUGGUGAAGGAUGUGGCUUUGUCUGUGCCGCAUUUCUUGGAUUUUGGCCUUUGUCCAACAAUGGAGCGUUCACAGCAGCAGAUAGAUAUUUACAACACUGGCACUCUCAAGGCAUCCAUGAAGUGGCAUGCCAGGCCGCCAUUCACGGUUAGAUGUCCAGCUCAAACUGUGGAAGUGGGGCAGUCAGUGCGAUGUAUUGUCGAAUUCGAGCCAAAGACCGCUUCUGUUUUUGAUGGCCUGAUUGCAUGUGAGGUGGGCAGCGCAGCUGUUGUGCUGGAUGAAGAGGAUGAAGAGAGCAGCGCAAGAGUACCUGAGGCGAAGAACUAUGCUUUGCAGUGUACCGGUGUUGGCAAGAUGCCACAUCUUUGUGUUCCCGGGGGUCAAGCUCCACUAGUUGAGUUUGGUGCUGUAUCACCUGGCAAGCGUGUGCCGCAGACUCUGGAGCUGCUCAACACCACGCCAGUUCGGGCGGUGUUCCAUGUGCGUGCCCUUCACGACAGUCUGGAGACUGCGCCACUUCCUCCAUCAGCAUUUUGGGUCAGCCCUGAAUCUGGAGUGGUGGAACCGAAUUGCACCUUCACGAUGACCUUCUAUUUUCAGUCCCACACGGUCAAGGAACAUGCGUGCCAGCGCUUCCAGAUCAGCACGCCUGGUGGCACACCUUUGGUCGUCACAUGCAAAGCAUUUUGCCAGCCAAUUGGUGUCGUCAUGUCAACGAGGUCAAUGAACUUUGGUGAAGUUCCUAGUGGGAGGGUCUUAUCGAGGACGCUGCAGCUGGAAAACAAUAGUGAUCGACCAGCACCAUAUCAUUUUGUCAAUGUGGACAACCAGCGAGGUGUGUUUUGGCUGGAUCGACCAAUGGGCAUCAUUCCGCCGGAUUCUUUCAUGGUGGUGACGGUCUUCUUUGGACCGAUGUCUCCGAUCAACUACCACAAGAAGGUCUCCUGUGUGGUGAAGGGUGCUUCCACGCCAUUGACACUUGACUUGCUUGGGUCAGCCCACAACGACAAGGUUCGACCGGCCAGGCCGAAGCCGGUCCGUCGUGCUUCUUUUGGAGUCAAAGCCUCACACGGUCGGCAUGCCAGACGAAGCCAGACGUUGGGAAGGCGAUAA